CCAUGGAGGAGGAGGAGGACGCGCCGGCCGCCGGGGUGGGCUGGCGCAGACGAGAUGGAUGACCUCAACCUGCACUACCGCUUCCUCAACUGGCGACGGCGCAUCCGGGAGAUCCGGGAGGUGCGAGCCGUCCGCUACCAGGAGCGCUUCAAACACGUCCUGGUGGACGGGGACACCCUCAGUUACCAUGGCAACUCGGGAGAAGUCGGCUGCUACGUGGCGCCCCGCCCGCUGACCAAGGACAACUACUACUUCGAGGUGUCCAUCGUGGACAGCGGGGUGCGGGGUACCAUCGCCGUGGGGCUGGUCCCCCAGUACUACAGCCUGGACCACCAGCCCGGCUGGCUGCCCGACUCCGUGGCCUACCACGCCGACGAUGGCAAACUGUACAAUGGCAGGGCCAAGGGCCGCCAGUUUGGGACGAAAUGCAGCUCCGGCGACCGGAUCGGCUGUGGCAUCGAACCCGUGUCCUUCGAGGUGCAGACGGCCCAGAUCUUCUUCACUAAGAACGGGAAGAGGGUGGGGUCGACGAUCAUGCCGGUGUCCCCGGACGGGCUGUUCCCGGCGGUGGGCAUGCACUCCCUGGGCGAGGAGGUCCGGCUGCAUCUCCACGCCGAGCUGGGCAGCGAGGAGGACGACAGCGUCAUGAUGGUGGACAGCUACGAGGACGAAUGGGGGCGGCUGCACGACGUCAAAGUCUGCGGGACGCUCCUGGAGUACGUGGGCAAGGGCAAGAGCAUCAUCGACGUGGGGCUGGCCCAGGCCCGGCUGCCCCUGAGCACCCGCAGCCACUACUUCGAGGUGGAGAUCGUCGACCCGGGGGAGAAGUGCUACAUCGCGCUGGGCCUGGCCCGCAGGGAUUACCCCAAAAACAGGCACCCCGGGUGGAGCCGGGGCUCCGUGGCCUACCAUGCAGAUGACGGGAAGAUCUUUCACGGCAGCGGAGUGGGGGACCCCUUCGGACCGCGAUGCUACAAGGGGGACAUUAUGGGCUGCGGGAUCAUGUUCCCCCGGGACUACACGCUGGACAGCGAAGGCGACAGCGACGACAGCUGCGACGGGGUGACCCUGUCCCCCACCCCCCGCGGGCUCCGCAACGUCCUCUACCUGCACCGGGAGCCGGAGGAGGAGGAGGAGGAGGAAGAGGAGGAGGAGGAGGAAGAGGAGGAGAUGGAGCAGGAGAUCGAGGGCAGGAAAGUCGUGGUCUUCUUCACCCGCAACGGGAAGAUCAUCGGGAAGAAGGACGCGGUGGUGCCCGCGGGUGGCUUCUACCCCACCGUCGGGAUGCUGAGCAGCGGGGAGAAGGUCAAAGUGGACUUGCACCCGCUCAGCGGUUAGGACGCCCGCCCCGCGCCCCCCUCGCCGGGCGGCCGGACCGGCCGGGCUCCUGCCGUCCCGUCCGACCCCGCCCGCCCCGCGGGACCGGGGGCCGCCGCUUCUCGUUGCCCGAACGUUUGCCCAGCCGCCCCUCGCCCGCCCCCGUCCGGGGGUCCGUCGCUCGAGCCGCAGCGCCCACCCGGGCGGCGUCUGCGGGCCGGAGGGGCCCGCGUCGCCCCACCUUCCUUUCCCGCCCGUAGCGAGCCUGGCGCGCGCGCGAGAGACCGAGGGAGCCCGACGGACCGCGGAGCCGUCGGGGAAACCGAGGGCGCGUGGGCGUACGCCCGGGUGUCUGCGCAUGUCAGCGUACGAGCGUAUUUGUGCGGACGCGUCUACGCCGGUCCCCUGCCGCUGCUUUUCCCCCCCUGCUGCUGCGUCGUCGUCAGGAUGCCAAACGUCCCCGCCUUGGUGGGGGAUGGCGGGGUCGGCUUUGCGUCUUCUCGGGGGGCGGUGAGAGGGAAAAGGACCCCGCCCCCCACCCUCCCGACCCCCCUCCUCUUCCUACCGUUGUUGCUGCUGCUGCUGCUGCUUUGUUCCGCUUCGUUGUUUGAGCUGCGUCUGGGCCGGUGCGGCCUGCCCGUACGGGGCGGGGGCCCGAGCCGUGGGGCCGCUGUGCUGCUGGGGGCCGGGACACCCCCCCCCCCCCUUGACGAUUAUUUCCCCCUCCCCAGCCCCCCACACUCUGUUUGAAAUGUAUGUACAGACCAGAGCCCUUUAUACAGACAAUAAACAAAGACUGGCCCUAUUUAUCCGAA